AUGGCCCCGCCGGGCUACGCGGCGUCCCGUCGCCUGGCAGCGGCUCACGUGGUCCCCCAUGAGGCUGCUGAUUGGCCCGGGACUGGGAAGUCGUUCCUGCUGAAGAAGAUCGUGGGCUCCCUCCCUCCAAAGAGCACCUAUGCUACAGCCAGCACGGGAGUGGGUUGCCACGUCGGUGGCACCACUCUCCAUGCCUUCGCAGGGAUCGGCUCUGGGAGGGCACCACUGGAACAGUGUAUUCAGCUGGCGGAGAGGCCUGGGGUGCGCCAGCACUGGCUGGCCUGUCAGCACUUAAUUAUCGAUGAGAUCUCGAUGGUGGAUGGCAAGUUCUUUGACAGGCUGGAGGCAGUGGCGAGGGCAGUCAGAAAACGGGAUGAGCCUUUUGGAGGAAUUCAGCUAAUCAUCUGUGGGGACUUCUUGCAGCUACCCCCAGUCUGCAAGGCUAAUGAAGAAACCAAGUUCUGCUUCCAGGCAAAAAGCUGGAGGAAAUGCAUCCACAUAAACAUGGAGCUGACUGAAGUGCGGAGACAGACCGACAAGACCUUUGUCUCACUCCUGAGUGCAGUCCGUUUAGGCAGGUGCACAGAGGAGGUUACCAGACUGCUGACACAGACUGCUGCUAACAGGUCUGAGCAUAAUGGGAUCCUGGCUACGCGGCUCUGCACCCAUAAAGAUGAUGUAGAAAUAACCAAUGAGAGACGCUUACAACAGCUAUCAGGAGAAGUGCACGCUUUUGAGGCUUUGGACAGUGACCCAAUGCUAGUGAAGUUAAUUGAUGCUCAGUGUCCUGUGGGUGGUAGAGUUGAGCUAAAGCUUGGAGCUCAGGUGAUGCUAACUAAGAAUCUGGAUGUGUCUCAAGGGCUGGUGAAUGGGGCGCGAGGAGUUGUUGUAGGAUUUGAAAGUGAACAGAAGGGGCUGCCUAAGGUGAGGUUUCUCUGCGGGGUCACACAGGUCAUCAAAAUGGAGAAAUGGGUCUUCAAAGGGCCAUCGGGAGUUCAUCUGAGUCGUCAACAGCUGCCUUUAAAAUUGGCAUGGGCCAUUUCCAUUCACAAGAGUCAGGGCAUGUCUUUAGAUUGUGUGGAAAUCUCCCUGUCUCGUGUCUUUGAAAGUGGGCAGGCUUAUGUAGCCCUCUCCCGAGCCCGUAGCCUUGCAGGUCUCCGUGUUCUGGAUUUUGAUCCGAAAGUAGUGAGAGCUGAUCCUUCUGUGUUGCAGUUCUAUAGACAGCUGAGAUAUCAUCAACUUCUAACCCAGGAUUCACUACACACCCAUUCAGGUGCUGAUGAGAAGGAGAACUGGAAAUGCAGCUGA